UUAGAUUCCUACUCCUGUAAACCAAACACAUACAUUUCUUGCGUUUCCAGUUUAUUUCCUUUUUUAAUCAGCGAUAUUAUUAGAUGAUAUCUCAGAAGGACUGACCAAGGGUAUACAAAUUCUUAGGUAGCCUAAGUUUACAACCACAAAAUGGCAGAAUCGGUAAACUUUCUUUUCGACUUGGUCAUAACCGAUCUGAAUAUUUUUGGCGUGCCGAUCGAAGAACCCAUCAAACUCCUGGUGGACACCAAGGUUGCGGGAAAAUCAGUGAAGGUAACCUCCAGCCGAAUCAAUGUCGACCAGUUUGUGGCAAACAGGGAGUUGGAGCUCGCUAUGGAAACAUCGGCAUUGCGUCAAAGUCUGGAGGAGAAGGGGUUGGCUUUGGCGGGCAUUUACCAGGGUUCAACUCUGGGCAAGGCCACUGUGAACUUCCCCGUGGAGUUUCUGGACAAGAUCAGCCCCACAAUGAACGAUCUGCUGCACGUGGAUACAGUCGAUUUGGUUCGUCGAGUUGACGUAAUUGGAACGGUGAGCGUGCUAAUCCGCUUGACCAUCAAGUGCGAGGAGCAUCCAGUGCAGAAACCUUUAAGACAAAGCCUUUCCCGCACCAGUCUUUCCCGGACCAGCAAAUCAUCGCUGCUACAAACGAAGAAGGAGAAAAGCGAACGAGUCAGCUGUGCUAGCCAGGGCCCGACCUUCAAUCCCCAGGAUAUCAUGUUUGUCAUCGGCGAUCCCGAUCCCUUACUCCAAAUCCCAUCGGAGCCGUGCUCGGAACUUCCUCCCGAAGUAGGAGAUGAGCGCCUGAGUCUGGACUUGCAGCGCUACAAGAGCUUGGAAAAUCGUCGUGCAAUCUUCCCAGCUGAUGAUCCCUGUCCCAAGGAGAAACCCUCAUUUAUGCAGCUAAAGAGGCUCACCGAGCAGUACUCCAAUAUCAUUGACUCGGUGACCAAGAAGAUCCAACGAAUGGAAUCAAGCUCAUUGGCUCCCACGGAGCCACCGUCCGAUGCGAAUGUGCCAAGUUCAGUUUCCACGCCGUGGACUCUCAUUCCCACUCCCAUGCAAUCUGGCAUCCCAGUUCCCGUAAGAUCCGACUUAGUACAUGGCGUGAAACCCACACGGUUCUGUCCUGUGUGCUUGUGCUCAAUGUCCUGGUUGCCAAAGUAUACACCAUGCCCGAAAUGCAAUACCAAAGCAGUUCCCAUUCUCCAAGGACAUUGGAACAAGCCUAUUACAGCCGAAGAAAUUGUGGCAGAGCAGCUGGUGAGACCAACAGCACCGCCCGAAGUGGAGGACUUUUGUGAGCCAGUCUGCGAAAAGGUGCGCCGGAAGAUCUGGAACGACAACGUCUGUCCACCAUGCCGUUGUACAUGCACAAAGGGUAUAACCUGCCCCCACUGCCGCAUCCGCAGGAUGUGCAAUGACAUUUUUGCCUCCAAGAGUCCACCAAAACCGAAGCCCCGAGUACCGCAACCCCGUUCAAGUGAGGAUUUCUGUGUGGUCAUGGAAUCUGACGACGAUGAUGAUCUUCCCUACCUGGCGAAGGUAUUUUCCGAGCUAAAGAAUCUCUAUCAUAUCCACGACACCAAGAAGCUUUCGGCCAUCAAGGAACGCUGCGCCGCUCAGUCCUUAUUCUCUAUCCGCAGCAGGCGAUCCAUUAAGGAGCUGACGGAAUCCCUAUACCCAGGAGACAAAAUCCCCCACCGGGAAAGCCAUCCUCCAAAGGCGGGCCACAAGAGCUGCCUUACACAAACGAGCAUUGUGUCCCGUCGCCAUGGCUGGAACUGGACCAAGAGCUGCGAGGCUCGGAAAAAUGGCUGGCGACCAGGAGCCAUCCUGCGAUCCUCCGGCCAUGUCAUGCGUCACUUCCUGAUGCGAAGUAGAGAUCAGAACAUGUGCCGAAAGGUAGCGGCCGACUACGAGGCACAGCAGCGAUUUGGUCAUCCCGUGCUCAACAUCUGCAAGCGAAAUGGUGACAUAUACGUGACACUUCGUCCACUGCCCACUUUGGCCAUGAAACAGAAGCCCAUCACCUUCCGGAUCGUAAAGAGUCAUCUGGCCGUGGCACUGCGUCAGAUCAAGCGCGCUCUAAAGGAUCAGGGCUUCGAGAAGUGCUCCUGCCACCAGUCCCUGAUGAUGUGCACCUGUCGCGAUGCCUUGGACAAGAUUCACCUGAACAAGGCCCUUAAGAAGGAGUGCCAGAAGCGUUUCAUAGAGCCCUGUCCCGAGCACUUGGUGCUCACCGACACGAGUGUGAGCGACGUGGAGUUCGAUCUGGAUGUGACUCCGCCGGCGGGAACUCGUAGACCGAGGAGGAAAGCCCUAAGGAAUGUGGUGAAUCAUGGCACCCAGACUGCGCAGAAGCAGCCACCAGCUAUAGCACCUCCAUACCCAGUGACCCACAAUCCCUACUACAGGGACUACGAUUGUGCCGCAGGUGAUCGAUAUAUGGGCACUGCAUUCGGGGACAAUGUAGAAACCGUUUUCGAGGAUGGAGUCUAUGGGUACAGGGGUGGUGGCCAGCAUGGAAUGCCCGUCGUCUGGAGGCAUCCAAAGGUGUGGGGCAAGAAGGUCGGUGCUCCACUCCCGAUUGGAACCGCUAGAGACGCCCUCGAUCCUUAUCGGUUCACCAAAACUGUUUGGAAACAACUGCCGCGAAAGAUAAUUCGAAAAAUGAGAGCAAAAUCAGGGAAAUAACUGUGGUCUUUUAUUAAAACUUAAAAUGUCA